AUGGUCAAGAGAGGUCGUGGGGCCGACGCCUCAAAUCCGCACAAGCGGCAGAAGGUUGUCCACGAGGCGCCAACAAGCGAAGAGAUCCAUACAAGCCGGCAGCUGAUGCAGCUCCUCUCAUUUGAUCAGGAUUUGUUGAAAGCAAGACAUGGCUUACAAUCAUUCAAGGUCUUCCUCGAUGGGCUGCUGUCAGAGAAUGGCGCAGGCGAUGAGAAGGUGCAAAUCUUGAGGGAUUAUCUCGAGUCGGCUAAGCGACAAGACAACGAAUUCGAAGCAACUUGUCUGCCAGACACCAUGGAGACUUGGAGCUACGCCGCUCAUGCAAACAACGAUAAUAUCAUGUCCGCGGUUGCAGUGACUCUGGAUCUGCUGAUAAAAUUCAUAUCCAGACGACUCGAUCUAACGGCACUUGGUUUAAGCAUCGGCCGGACACUACUGCAGCCACGACAUCAAGAACUCAUCGCCCGGAAUUUGUCGGCUGAUAAAGGCAAAGAAUUCAUUUUCUCGCCUACCUUGAGGCUUCUCAGGGAGCUCAUAUGCCUCGAUGGAGGUUCUCUGGCCAAGCCAAUGUUCCGUGGGCAGAGUCUCACUUUCAAAUCCCUGGCCCGCAAUAUGGGUAUAAAGCAUCUUGGGGCGGGACUUGAAGAUCUGAAGAGACCCUCGGCCCGCACAAACGCGAUUCGAUUCUUCUUAAGCGCCCUCAAGUUCCUGCCCGCGGAGGGGAAGGCCGAACUUCUGUCACAAAGGGAGCUUCCUCCAGCACUGACAAAGUCUCUGCUGGAUGACCCCCCAUAUCUCAUCUUCGAGAUCCUUGACACGCUGCGGAAUCAUGUCGUCAAGGACAGCAAGCUGGCCGGAUAUUCUAAAAGCAAGCUGCUCAAUUCUCUGACUCUAGGACGGCUGGCGUCACUCUACCAGUACAAACACGACGGUGUCACAGCGGAGGGCUCUGGUACAACGGUGGAAGAGGCAGUCCAUGCAUUUCUCAUCUUGGUCUGCACAUCACCAUCAGCCGGCGCUUUGAGACCACAGUCAGGAUUCUACCCAAGGAAUAUUGACCCGGAUGCUGCUCUACUUCCUUCGGCCGGAGAUGAGGUAGAGCCUGGGUUAGAGAGCAUAACUUGGAUGAACAGAUUCAAAGAUGACGUGCCAGUGCGCAACAGCAUUUUAGCCGACUUCAUACAGAGCUCAAGUUUACGCCCAUGGUCAAGUCAGAGACACAGUGACCUCCUGGUUACUGUUUUCCAAGCCGCCCCCGAGUUAGUUGCGCACUAUUUCAUCAACAAACGAUCCUUCACAUUUGAACCGAAGUUGUCGGCGACAUGGAUCGGCUACUCAGCGUUUUUGUUCAAGACAAUUGAGUCGCCCUUGCCCGAUUUCUUCGGCCACAAGAAUGGAUACGCCCUGCUCCCUCCACCGACAUCAAUUAUCAUCGAUAACAUAAUACCGCUGCCGAUGGAUCAGAAGAUCCUUGUCAAGUGCCUGACACAAAAGGUAGAGCUCGUAUCAUUUGUGGCAGUCAGAUUGCUCGUGAUGGCCAUACAGAAGCUCCAGGUCGCCCUGAAGAUGCACGCGGAGGCAGCAAAGGCUCAAAGCAAGCCGCUUUGGGAUGAUUCUGCAAGGAAGCUCGUCGAUGCGUUUUGCCAACGAGCUCCGGGCAUCAAAGAAGUUAUUGCUUGCUACCGGGAAGCCGGCGACUCAGACCUGCUUCAGCGGGAGGCGUCGAGCAAACUGUUGAGGCUGUACUACGAAGUCAUUCCGCAGGUGGCUUUGAUGGCCAAGUUCGACGUGUCAUCCCUCCUCAUCUCCGCAAUCCAGCGGUUGGGUGAUGCCGAGGAAAGUCCUGAAGACCGAGCGCUUCGCCUGGUCGAGCUGGAAAAUCUGCUCGCCAUCUCUGGGUAUUCUCCUGGGAUGAGAUGGUUCUCCAAAACACAAGGGCUGUCACUGUCACCAUUUGUAGCCUUGUUAAAGGUGUCUGUUGCUGCUCCCAGGGGUGUAUCACUCGAGCCACUCAAGACUGCCCUCGGGGCUGUUGCAGAAGAGCACCAACUUGUUCAGUCCGGAAGUAGUGACUCAUCACCACUGCUGACCGUUCUUCAUUCUAUGAGAGAAUCCAGAAAUCUGGCCUCUUGCGAUGCUUUAUGGGCUCUGCUCGACAACAGCACAUCACGAUGUGCCACCGCUCCUGUCAAGUACCUUGAGAUGAUCCAGGAUCUUGUCUCUGACGAGCAGAGUGAUGAGCCCACGACAUCGGGCUCAAUAAGUCCCUUGACUUUUGCGCUAUUGGAGCAGCUGCCAUUCUCCCUGAGCUCAGCAGACGAAGAAGAAAUAUCAGUCUUAGCCCACCUUAUCGCAACAUACAUGUCAUGUACGAAAUGCAUAAGCAACAGCGACAGUGGCUUCAAUGCACUUCGCGAGAAGUUUGAAUCAGCUUUCUCCGAGAACCCCAGUGGGAAGAAGUCACUCAAGAAGUACACAAAACAGACCAAUGCCGCGCGAGAGCUGCGGAGCUGGGGGGCAGACUUCUCCACGGGCGAGGAUGAGCACCGGCCCCAAGCAGAGGAUAGUCAGAAGGGUGAACACAUCUUGUCAGAAGAAGCGCUGGCAGACCUUCUUUCAGCCCCAUCGUCUCUGGCCCAGGACAACUCAGCACUCUCCAAGUGGGCGACCAAGGAGGCGGAUGAGCUUGUUGAGGAGGGACACGCAGGGUCUGUUGUGUCCCUGCUUGCCUCCGAGCACACCAGCAUCCGGAAAGAAGCACUUGUCAACAUCGCCAAGAUGGCCGCCAAGAUCAAGGACUCGUCGUAUGAAGAGAAAGAUCAGGUGUGGCUGUUCCUAUUCGAACUCGUCGAGUCGUGCAAAGGCCACGUGGACGCAGGACCGAUACCCAGCUACAUCGUGGCAUUCGCACGGAAUGCACUCGACGUGCUUAAGAACCCCCUGCACUGCCUGUAUGGAAAGUUAAACUCGUUUCUCAUCAAAGGCCCGACAUGGAGGCUCGACAGACUGCCGUUAGUUUACGACAUCCUGCAAGACGGACCAGAACUCGACGACACUUAUUACGCUGAGCUCAGCUGGCUGUUCUCUUACCUACUGGACGGUGUGCAAGGGGAGCCAGACAUGGCCCUGUACCACAAUACACGCCUGUUUGAGCGGCUGCUCUCCCUGGCAAGCAAUCCGUACCUGCGCCCGAACCUCAGGGCACAGAUACUGAGGAUCAUCUACAGGGCGACAUGCAUUAAAGGUGGAAGCACAACUCUUGUCACUAGGUUUGGUAUUGUGAGCUGGCUCGAGGCGCAGAGUGCAGUGUGUGACUCUGCGUCGGAGCGUCAGACCUACAAAGCCCUUCUGAGGAGGAUAUGGGAGACAUCAGACAAGGAGCGAGCGUCUGUGUGGAGCAACGGUGGCAUUCAAGAUGCUGUACAGGAGUACAGGAUGUAG